AUGGCUUCCCACAUGCCCCCAAAGAUCGACGUCCACUCCCAUUUCCUCCCCGACUUCUAUCAAGAAGCCUGCCGCAAACAUGGCCACGCUAAUCCUGAUGGCAUGCCAUAUCUCCCACGCUGGAACGUGACCUCGCACCUAGCCCUUAUGGACGAACUCGGAAUCCAAAAAUCCAUCCUCUCCAUCUCCUCCCCAGGAACACACCUAGUCUACAACAACAACACCCUAGCCCGCUCCCUAACCCGCCAAGUCAACGCCUUCGCCUCCUCCCUCAAAACCCGCCACCCUACCCGCUUCGGCUACUUCGCAUCCCUCCCCCUCCCCGACAUCGAAGGCUCCCUCGCCGAAAUCCCCAAAGCCCUCUCCGAAGGCUGCGACGGCUUCGUCUUCCUCACAAACUCCCACGGCACAUACCUAGGCGACUCCAUCCUGGACCCCAUCUUCGAUGAACUAAAUCGUCAAAAAGCGCUAAUCUUCAUCCACCCCACCACGCCCAAAAUCUGCCCUCACUCCGUCUCUGCCGCCGCCGCAAAUGCCAGUCCUGAAAUCCCCACUGCGGCAACCCCGUUCGCAGUCCGUCUGCCAAACCCCAUGCAGGAAUUCCUCUUCGACACCGCCCGCGUUGUCGCAAACCUCUUCAUGUCCGGCACCAUAGCACGCUGUCCCUCGCUCAAAAUCAUCCUCCCACACCUCGGCGGCGCCUUUCCUCCUUUACUCUCGCGCUGGACGGGGUUCUCAGAGCUCGUGCCAGGGGACUGGGAAGGCGUUGCGGAGGGCGUGGUGAAGGAGGCGAUGGGGAAACAGAUCUGGUUUGAUAUGGCGGGGUUUGCGUUUCCGGGGCAGAUCAAGGGGUUGAUGUUGGGGGUUGGGGUGGGGCAUGAGAGGUUGAUGUAUGGGAGUGAUUAUCCGUUCACGCAGGCGGAGGGCGUGAGGGGGUUGAUGGGAAAGAUGGAUCAGGGGGUGAGGGCGUUGUUUAGUGAGGGCGAGGUGGAGGAUUUGUAUUGGGGCAAUGCGGAGAGGUUGUUAAGGAUGCGGUGA